AUGGAUGUGUUUAAAGUGAAAUCGACAUGCGACACCCCUGUGUCAAGUCAGGAACAGUGGAUGCUUCCUUCGGCUGGUCCUCCAGCAAGCAUAAGACUCACAGGCCGAACGAAAACAGUUAUCGUGACUGGUGUUGGUAUUGGGAUCGUUCUUUUUGGAAUUCUGAUUCGAAGGUGGUUGCGUGCUGAAAAGCGUUCAGCUGCAAAGAAUUCAUCGAGAUCGAAUGACGCUGGUUUCCAGGAUGCACCGUGCGACAGCUUUCAACGAUAUGACAGAACAGAAAUGCGUGCUUCUUCACGACUACGAUGUACUCCUUCGCUCAGUGAUCGUGGAAGUGGACGACAAGGGGGCUCUCGACAAAGAAAUCAUUUCAGUACCACUGUGGACGCGGGUCAAGAGUUAGUACGGUCAUUGGAGCGAGCGCUUGCCGUUAUCGAAGCCUAUCGUGCUAAAAGUGAAAAGCAUCCUGAUAGAUUUGGAGAAAUCAGUUCCAUAGCUGACCGUCUACGAAUCCUCGAAACAGACGUAUCGCGACUUGUCGCAGAUGGAGCUCUCGAGGAAUUCAAGGACGACUUUGGCAGUGUUAUUCCUCAAAUGGGUGGCUGGACAACAGUCUACAGUGCCCCUCGUGCAGGAACGUUAUCAGUUUUGUCGGAUGAUUCGUUCAUGUCAGCCUACGAGGAGUUUCCUGUAACACUGGAUGAUGAUCUUCGCGACUACGUUGCAGUACCGGAAGACCAGUUGAUUUUUUACAAAAAUGGGCUGCAGGCAGCAAGCAGUGGAGAAGUGGGCUAUAGGAAAAUGAGAGGUGACAUAUGUCAGUGCGAGAGCGAGCUUGAUUUCGCGGCAAAACUUUGGUGUCUCCGUCAAGCAUUUGCAACGUGUUUGAAUGAUGAGCAUAGAAGGAUGUGGUUAGCGAAAGCCGGACGAACUCUGUUGGGAGAUAUACUCAAGCACUCGAAGCAGAAGUUAGUGUUUUUCAUUGAUGUGAAUUCACAGGAUCCGUCACAGUUUUACAUUGCUUUCGAUGCUUUGAUCGAUUUUUUCCGAAGUGAAGCAAAUGUCAUUCAAAUGGAGGAAGAGUUAGCUGGACGAGGGGUGGUUGAUUUCGGAUUCUGGGACGUUGUGCUCGACUUUAUACUGCUCGACUCAUUUGAUGAUAUCAAAUCACCUCCCUCAGCAGUCUACUCAGUGACGAAAAAUAUUUUCCUAUCCAACUCAUUGAAAUACUCGACUCUCAGCACUAUAAUCUGGUCUAUGUUGAAGGCAAAGCGCCAGCGAUUAAAGGACCAAAACGGUUUCAUAGCGCAUAUAUAUGAUGUGUCUGAAGCAGUAUCGCCAGCGAUUACCCUUGGGUUCCUUGGCACGGAUUCGCGUAUUGGCGAGAUAUGCCAGUAUUUCAAGGAGCAAGUAACACAGUUCGCCAUCGAUAUCUUCAACACGAAGCGAGUCCGUUACACAACAUUAGAAGAGUUGGCCGAAGAUGUGUGGAUCAUCCUGGAAAAUCGAACGGAUGCCGUUCGAACGCGGCUGGCCACUGAGCUCAUACCAGCAUGA